UGUAGGGAGCUCAUUCAUGAGAUGGGUGGGGAGAAUGGCCAUGGCACAGACAGAAGUCUGUCCACUAUGCUCUGUCUCUCCAGAAUCCUGCUGUUCGAUUGACCAAGAAAAUAGAAUUGACUGAUUGUGCGCCAAGGAUUUUAUCCGUUUACUGCACUAACUGGACACUGGAAUUGUGGAGAAACUCAAUGCAUUGGAAAGUCUUGUAGACGAUUGGGAAGAGGGAACCCUAUGCGAUUUCACUUGAAGGAUUGUACUUAUGAAAGCAGUUCAACAGGAUCUCUGGAGGCCAUUCACUGUAGAGAUGAGGGCGCUGGUCAGAUCAACUCUAUUACUGCUGUUAUGGCAACGGCUGACUGCCAUCGAUGUCCCACUGGAAAUCAGACAGCCCCCCACCAUUCUAAAACAGUCGUCGAAGGAACAUGUCGUGGAUCCUAGAAACAACAUGGUCGUGGAGUGUGAAGCCAAAGGCACCCCCCACCCAAUUUUCUCAUGGAUGCGUAAUGGGAAGUACUUCAACGUGGCAAAGGACCCUCAGGCCUCAAUGAGGAGACGUUCGGGGACGCUGGACAUCUAUGCCUGGACUGACCCAGGGGCCUAUGAGGGGGAGUACCAGUGUGUUGCCACCAAUGAGUAUGGCACUGCAUACUCAAACAAGAUCAACCUACACAUCUCGAAGGCCACUCUGUGGCCCAGAGAGGUGUUGGAGCCUGUAACAGUAAGUGUUGGUCUCCCUCUGGUCCUGGACUGCAGCCCUCCUCCAGGCCCUCCCAAACCUGAGAUCUACUGGAUGAGCAAGUGUUCAUCUGGUAGACCUUUCAACUGGCCUCACCAGCCCCACCCCCCAGUCAUGCUGCCUAUCAAACAGGACCGUAGAGUGUCUAUGGGGGUGAAUGGAGAUCUCUACUUCUCUCAUGUCUACGUCAAUGACUCUGCCACCGACUACUGCUGCAACGCACGCUUCCCCUACAAAAACAUCAUCCAGCAGAAGAUGCCUAUUACCGUCAGAGUCCUUACAACGCGCAUGGUGUCUGAGGCCGCCCCCACCUUCUUGUCUCCAGACGGAAGGUCCAGCUCCCAGACUGUCCUGCAGGGGGAGGAGCUGCUCCUCGAGUGCAUCGCUGCUGGAGUUCCAACCCCUGUCAUCACAUGGACCAAAGAUGGAGAUGAACUGGACACAACCAACAUUAAGGUGAAGAACUACAACAAGUUGUUGCAGAUCCCCAAGGCCUCGUUUGAGGACGCUGGUGAAUACACCUGCACAGCUACUAACAUGAUGGGUUACCUGGAACACACCAUCGCUGUCCAGAUCAAAGCGGCUCCAUUCUGGUUGGAGAAACCCGGUAACCUGGUUCUGGCCCCAGAGGAGAAUGCACGUUUAGUGUGCCGCUCUGACGGCACCCCUCGGCCCAGUAUCCGCUGGUUUAUCAACGGAGAUUCAAUCGAAGAUGCCACUCUGGUUCCAAACAGGCAGGUGUCAGGUGAUACAAUUACCUUCCAUUCAGUCACUGUGGCGAACACGGGUGUUUACCAAUGCAAUGCUUCCAACCAGUAUGGCUACCUGUUUGCCAAUGCUUACAUCAGUGUACUGAAUGCAACACCACGUAUCCUCAGGCCAAGGACUGACCUGGUGAAGGUGAUUGAGGGCAGCUGCGCCUGGCUAGACUGCCUCUAUUUUGGCUCGCCCGUGCCCAAUCUGCGCUGGUCUAAGUAUGGACUUGGAAAUCUAGAGGGAAAUCGCUUUAAAGUACACAGCAACGGGACCCUGCAGAUCAGAGGCACCUGUAUGGACGACCAGGGGACAUACCUGUGUAUUGUCAGCAACGCCGCCGGACAAGACGAAAACCGGGUCACAUUAGAGGUCAAAGAGUCCACCAAAAUACUUAAAUGGCCAGACAAUAUGAGAGUCCUCCGAGGGACUGAUGUCCGGUUGGAGUGUAAGGCCGAACAUGACCCCACAGUCACAGUCACCACAGCCUGGAUGAAGAACAAACAGUUCCUCAUCAUAGGCUGGAGGCUGUCACUGGAUGAUUCAACGCUGGUCAUUACCAACGUCAACAGAAAAGACGAAGGCAACUACACCUGCAUCAUCAAGACUGAGAUAGACAAGACCUCUAUCUCCACCCGCCUGGUGGUGAUGGAUCGUCCAGACCCUCCUACAAACUUGAAGUUGUCGGACUCCUUUGAGCGCAGUGUCAGGCUUUCCUGGACCCCUGGAGAUGGCAAUCACAGCCCUAUCAAAGAAUACCUGGUGCAGUAUGAUGAUGACGACUGGUUACCUUACAACUGGAGAAACCUUUCCACAUACCCUGGAAACCUCAACUCUGUCAUUCUGCAACUGUCACCAUUCAUUAUCUAUGAGUUUAGGGUCAUUGCUAUCAAUGAUAUUGGAAUGAGUAAACCCAGUCGCUCGUCCGCCAACUUCCAGACUGGUGGAGCGCCCCCAGACACCAUCCCUAAAAAUAUCAAAGGAGUGAGCACAUGGAGAAACAACAUGGAGAUCAGCUGGGAGGCACUGAACAACAGAGAGUGGAAUGGGCCCCACCUAAAGUACUUGGUGUGGUGGAAACGGAGGGAUUCCAGGGAGGAGUGGAAGAACGCUACCACUUGGUGGUGUAAAUACUACAUUUACGAUGCAGACACCUUCACACCAUACGAGAUAAAGGUCCAAGCUGUCAAUGACUUUGGGCUGGGCCCUGAGUCCCCUGUCAUCAUAGGCUACUCUGGAGAAGACCGUCCCACUGCUGCCCCCGUCAAACUGCGUGUGUCCAGGAUAGAGGCCACCAAGGUCACCGUUCACUGGGACCCUGUGGCUCGCAGCAGCAUCAUGGGUGAACUGAAGGAGUACAAGGUGUACUUCUGGCGAGACAGUAGCCAGCUGAGGUGGCUGAGUGUGAGCAGGGCCAUGAAGUCUAAAGCCUUUCCAGCCAGCGGGCCGCGUCUCUCUGGUGUCCUGCCGGGACUCAUCCCUUACAGCAACUACAAGAUGUACAUAGUGGUGGCCAACAACCGAUACGAGGGACACCCCAGUAACACCAUAGAGUUCUCCACUCCAGAGGGAACACCCUCUGCUCCAAGAUUCUUCAGAAUCCAGCAGAGACAUCUGGACACUAUCUGGGUGGACUGGGACACUCCUGCAGAGCCCAAUGGCAUCAUCACUGGAUACAUACUGAAAUAUCAGACAGUGAACACAACCCGGGAGGAGGAACUGCGUGUUGAGGAAUUUCCCGCAAACACCACCAGUUUUACAGUGCGCCGAUAUGAUCGCUACACCCGCUAUAGAUUCGCCAUAGCAGCACAGACUAGAAUUGGGGUAGGAGAGUGGUACACAGAGGAAUCACCCCAUUAUACAACUGAAGCUAAUGCACGGGAGCAGGUGGACCUCUCCACUCAGGGCUGGGUCAUUGGUGUGAUGUCUGCUGCGGCCCUCUUCGUGCUCAUCCUGCUGGUCGUCUGCUUUAUCAAGAGGAGCCGAGGGGGGAAAUACCCAGUACGGGACAAGAAAGAAGUGACAUUGGAGCCAAUGGAUGAUAACGAUCAGGAGGGAUCAUUUGACUAUCGGUCUCUGGAAAGGAUAAGCUGUGUCACCACCAUUCCCUACUCUGCCCAACGGGAAAAUGAGACUAAAGUCAGGAGGUGUCAAACGACAGUCGACACCAUGAUGAAAUGAACAGAGAGUGGCGACAGUCUGGUGGAGUACGGUGAUGGACGGGAGAUUGAGUUCAACGAGGACGGCUCCUUCAUUGGCCAGUACACUGGACACAAGGAGAGGGAUGGCAGAGACCCAGCAUUUAGGGAGAGUAGGAGCCAGGAGGCCCUCUCCCCCAUGAGCACCAUCUACUCAUUUGCAUAAGGAAACAGGACUUACAAUGUGUGCUGUGGUGACCUGUCAUUCAGGGCAGGUGGGGCAGAGCCUGUUUUGCAUGUUAUUUUGGCCUUAAUACGUGUCACAUUAGUUUGCAAACAAAGUUACAAAAAAAAUUGUUAAUAAAGCUGCAUA